AUGACUAACAAGGUAGCCUUAAGCACAUGCUUAGAUGUGUUUAUGAAUCACAUUAAGACAUUCUCAAAUAAGAUCAUCUUGAACAAGGACAAAGAGAAUUGUUGGAUCAAUAUUACCCGUGAAUUUAACAGCAAUUGCAUCUCAGAACAUCGGGAUGUAAAUUCUUUGAAAAAUUGUUGGGAUAAUCUCAAGAAAAAGACUCGUAAACACUACGCAGAAAUUCGAAGUGAAAUUUUUAAAACAGGUGGUGGAAAAGCGAACAUCACUGCAGAUGAUCCUAUUGCAGAACGGGUUAAGACUAUUAUCCAGCCAUCAGUUGAAGGUUUACAAAAUAGGUUCGACAGCGAUUAUAUUCCAGGUAAAAUAUAAAAUAAUUUUAUAAUUUAAAAAAUAAAGAUCUUUACAACUUUAUAAUUAAAAUAAAAGAACAUAAAAAUGAAAUAUUUUUAUAUAUUAGCAGUAUGAGUACUAUAGGAUCAUGUAUUUUAUAAAUAAAUAAUAUGCAAAAUGGCUCAUGCAAAAUUUAGUACCUCAAUAUUUUACUUU